GCUACGUUCGCCAUAGCCAGGCGCUCGGAGCGGUUUUUUCAGUCAGGUUCUUCUCUACAGCGUGUCCGCGAUAUGUAGUGCCGGCAUCCUCAUCAUAUAUUUAUAGUACAUGUGCGUUUUUUGAUAGUUCCCGCUCAUGACGUACAAUCCAAACAACAACCAUGUCUUAAAAACUCAAACUCCGAAAAUGAAGACCCAGCGUCGUCUGUGCAGCCAAAUAUGCUUGCUGUUAGGAGGAGUGGCACUAAUCGGGAUAGGUAUUUCAAUAUUCAUUUUCUCGGAAUGGAUAUACGAGUACAUACUAAAAGACGCGUUAAAGUUCAAUCCCACCUCCAAACCCUUCAACGUAUGGAAGACCAACGACCCUCCCUUGAUAAUGGAAAUCUACUUGUUCAACUGGACGAACCCGGAGCAAAUCGGCAACCUUUCAGUUAAACCUGAAUUCGAAGAAGUCGGACCUUAUAGGUUCAAGGAAAUUAAAGAAAAAGUCAAUAUUACUUGGCAUGACAAUUACACGAUUAGUUAUAGGCAUAGGAAGCUAUAUUUUUUCGACGAAGAAAAUAGUGUUAGGAACUUAAGCGAUGUGAUAUCUACUAUUAACGUUGUCCCUUUGUCCGUUAGUUUUAAGGCACGAAACUUUGGAUACUGGACGAAAAGGAUGAUAUCCAUGGGACUGUCGAGCAUAUCUAGUCUUCACGUUACUAAAACGGCCGCUGAAAUUCUCUUUGAUGGAUAUGAGGAACCAAUUUUAAGCACGUUGUCCCUCAUCCCAGUACUCAACGUUCAGGACAGAUUUGGUAUAUUUUAUGGGAAAAAUGCUACAGUCGGAACCGACGGAACCUUCAGCAUGCACUUCAAGAACGACGAAAAGUUCGGCAGUCUCCUGGAGUGGAACUACAAGAAUCGCUCCAGUUUCUAUAAGGGGCAUUGUAACGACAUUAGAGGGUCAUCCGGUGAAUUUUACCCCAUAGACCGCAAGAGAGACAAACUGGUGCUUUAUUCCUCGGAGCUGUGCAAGUACGCCGAGUUGGAGUAUGUACACGAUGUGAAUAUCAAAGGGGUCCACGGGUACAAGUUUACGGCUGAUAAUAUUUUUGAUAAUGGCACAACUCGUCCGGAGAACGCCUGUUUCUGCGUGGGGGAAUGUAUCCCUUCGGGAGUGUUCAACGUUUCCGCCUGCCGAGACGACUCCCCCACCUUCUUGUCCUUUCCGCACUUCCACGCCGCCGAUCCUUAUUACAGGAAUUCGCUGAGGGGAAUGAGGCCGGACAAAAGCAAACACGAAUUCUAUAUCACAAUAGAACCGAAAUCGGGAAUAGUAAUGGAUAUCGAGGCUGGAAUGCAAGUUAAUAUGUUGUUGCAGCCAGUAAAAUAUAUCAACUUGUACGAGAACGUGCCGAGGAUUUACGUGCCGAUGUUCUACUUCACACAGCGAGUAAACCUCACCGACGAGCUGGCCUCGAAUCUGAGGCUGAUACAGAACCUGCCAGAAUACUUCAAUUACACAGUGCUAAUAUUAGUCGGACUGGGCAGCAUCUGCGUCUUAUGGGGACUGUGUUCCUGCUUCUGCUGCUCCACAUCCAAGGACAAACUGAAGAUCAGCGAGAAGAUCCAAAUGAAUACUCACUGCGAAGAAGUGCCAUUGAAUGAGAAGCUAUGACAGUACCUAGUUAAUUAGAUUUUUGUAAUUUGAUGUUACUGUAAGUCGUUAUUUUUUAUUUAUAAAUAAAUUUUUAGAUAC